UAGUUUAUUUGUUAUUUCUGAUGUGCGUAAAAUGCCGCACGAAUGAAAACAUGUGUGGUGUGUGUGGUGCGUUUCCUUCACUAUCUUUAGCUGCGGUGACCCAUUUCCUGAUGAUAUCAUUUCGUUGUGUGUAUUUUUUUUCCUCUCCUGCUCCUCGAAUUGCUCAGAUUGACCAUUCCGGGGACCUAGAGCGAACGAACGUGUGGGCAGAACAAAGUGCUAGAAUCGUCCAAACGAGGAAAAAAUUUAAGCCCUCCGUCUGGUGGAUAUUCCGUUUCUUGAUAUAAUUUAAGAUGGCAUUGUCACGGCUACUACGAUUGAUUCAAUAUGUGGCCAUGCGUUGUUGCCGUGGCGAUAUGACGAUAUUGCCCAUAAAUUCAGCUAGUUCGAUUGUGUCCAUGCGCUAUACGAUGUGCGGUUGAUAAACGUGUGUGGCGGAACCGUCGGUUGCGGAUCGCUGGACAACGAUUCAACGAGUGAACGUGUUUAAUUGAAAAUAAAAAAAAUUGGCAGGUAUCGAAUCGAAUGUAGGCGGAAUGGAAUUAAAAGUGCAAAAUAAUGCGGAAGAAUUGCAAUGGGAGGAAAGGAUGAAUUCCUAAAAGCAAACUUGUGAUAUAAUAUACCCUGGUAGCGGUUAAUUGAAGUGUAAAAAAUUUUAGCUGUAAUGCACUGAAUUAUUUUAGCGUUAGUUUGCUAGUUUUAUCUUGUAUGUAUGUUUUUUUGCAGCGGAAUACCAAACCGAAACAUCUAUCAAUGUGAAACAUGAAACUUGAACAGUCUGGAUCAAAAGGGUGGUCCGAACUUUGGCUGGAACAGCUUUAAACCAUCGAUGCAACAUUUUGUGCGCAUAAAUUAAGCGUUUCUCCACCAGGCGGUAAAUUAUUAGUUUGAAACUGUUGCCAAAAAGUUAGCCCGUUCGACCAUCAGUCACCCGCUCUGCACCUCCCAAAUGCGCCGUUGACGCUCUGAUGGUUGCCAAAAAAGAUUUCACUUUUAUGGGUCGCUGUAUGUUCCGGCGGCGGACCAUACAACCGACACGCACUGAUCCGACCGGCGUCAGUCGUCUUUUAUGGGCAGUUUGGCAGACAGACAGAAGAGCCAACCACGGAAAGAUAAUCAUUAAAGCUACGCUCUCUCCGAUAUUGCAGCAAUGUCUAUCCUCUUAGUCCGGGUACAGCUUGCCGGCAAUGGGAUGCUGUGCGCUAAGCGAGAGUCCCUAGAGGCCGUUUUGUAGUUGGCGUGUUUACCGAUGGUUAACCUCCUUCGGUGGUGUUUGGGACAAAAUGGACUUUCGUGUUCGGUUAGCAUUACCGUGGGUAAUUAGUUUGAAAUAUGCUUAUCGCUUUGCUUAAUUCGGUGUUUGUACUUGUAGAACGACCUGCUCAAACAUUCAAGGACGUUUGUUUAAUAGUUUUGCUUACUUAUCUAGCUAAAGAUAACAGGAUUUUAACCCACCAGUGCCUGUACACAGGUGGUGCUAAAGCUACAACAUUACACCGAUGUACCGCUAAAAGCACACAUCAUUAAAGUUUAAGCAUAUUUAUUGUAAAAUUAAUUUUCUUAGGAAGAUUUUUUUAUAAACCGAAUUUAAAUUCCGUAAAACUAAAAUUUCAAAACUUGUAUGAAAUAAUUCUUAUAAUAUAGACAAAAUAAUAAAAAAAGCGCAUGGCAUGUUAAUAACGUUAAAUGCCAAAUCAAACAACCUACUUCGUACCGGCAACUGUGAGCUUCUCAUAAUUAGUCACACGAAUCCGUAUGGGCGUAAACUAGUUGUUACACAAUGAAAUAAGCGAUGAUUAUGAUAACUUUCCUACGCUUCACGCAGUAACCACAAAAAACUUGUGGACGGCGCCCCAACAAAAGGUACAACAUCGCGGGAGAAACACAGCAGAUCAAUGAAAGUGAGAAAACGAGAGCAAAACCGCCAGAAGAGAACAAUAAUCCCAUCCCACAAAGCUUUUAUUGGGUCGAUGGCUCUGGUGAAAAAGGGAUGCUAAGCACUUGCUCGAGCCUUUUUAACCCGCGAGCGCUGAGCGGUUGCUAAGAUGCAUAAAAAAAAGCAUAGCCAACAUAACGCUGGUGCUGCUGCUGCUGCGAUUCCUUUGCGUUGCGUUUCGCUCUCGGCUCUCGGUAUCCUAGCUUAAGCGAGGCUUCUCGUCUUGCCCGAAGGCCAAGUUCCCGAAGUAUAGUGGUAUAAGCGACGGAACCGGUAAUAAAUGCAUCGUGGUCAAUUUUCCGCUGCUGCCGGUUCGUUCAACAUAAGCACUUUGCUUUUAGUUUGCCCCGGUACGGUGUCGCGUGACGUACGGUCGACGAAUUCUUUCCGUGCGUUCUACACGUUUGUCCUUCGUUUUGUUGCUUUUUUUUCUCCCUGUUUUCUUUUGUCGGCUUCCUUCAAGCUUGACUUGAAACGGUCCCCAAUCUGAACGGUGGUUCGAAUGAAGUGUAUAUAUUAAACACAAAAGGCGCGUACAGGCAGGAUCAAUACGUUGGAAUGUUGCCUGUGCUUGAGGAAAAGCCUCGGAAAGCUUCCAAUUUGUUUGACAAGUGUUACGGCUCCUUCCCAAAAUCCAGUUUAUCUAUGCUGUACGACCUCACGAUCGAAAACGGGGUGGACGUCUGUUCCAAGUGUAGCAACUGGUGGUACUGUGUGCAAAAGCUAAAAUAAAAUCCAACAAUCGAACAUUCCGUCGCGCUGUAAACAAAUUGCGAUCGGUCGAUCGUGCAGCAUGUGCCUCCACGUGUUCUGUUUUCCGCAACAUAUUUAAAUUCAUUUCAUCGUUCCAUGCCAGAGAAGGGAUUAACGAUAAACGACCCGUCGGUAAAACCAUUAACCGUCCUGUAAAUGUAUUAUCCGUUCGAUUGUGCUUAGUCGCAAAUUUUUGGCACAGUUAAGUGCUUUUCCGGCAGCAGUUUAGCAAUCUCAUACCCACCCACCAAACCACCAAAAAUAGUUGUUUUUUUUUGCAAAACAUGAACAAUAUGGGACACAUCGAAAAUCUAUCACUGUUUCGAUAUAUUCGCGACGCAGCGACAUUGUCGUUAAAACACUUUCCGCAGCUUCAUCCGGUCGAACCAAACACUUCCAACGGUGCGACACCAGACGAAGAAGAAGAAGAAGCGGAACUCAGCGCUAGAAUGGAGCUGUCGCACAGCCUAACGCUAAACGAGGCCGCCCUCAGCCAGCUGCCGGAACAGAAGCGUCCCGUAUUUAUCUUCGAAUGGUUGCGCUUCCUGGACAAGGUGUUGGUGGCGGCCCAAAAGUCCGACAUCAAGGGCUGCCAGAAGAAGCUGGUCGAACAGCUAACGCAACACAUUCAGGGUGCACCGGGGCCUCCGACGCGCAAGCUAAUUGCACGCUGUCUGGCCACCCUGUUCUCGGUCGGCGAUACAUUUCUGCUCUUCGAAACGGUUAACAAGUGUAACGACAUACUGAAGAACAAGGAUGAUUCGCCCAGCUAUCUACCGACCCGUUUGGCCGCCAUCUGUGUGGUGGGCUGCAUGUACGAGAAGCUCGGCCGCAUGAUGGGUCGAUCGUACGAGGAAACGGUACAGAUUCUGCUAAAAUCGCUCAAGAACGCAGAAUCACAGUCGCGCAUCGAAAUCAUGAUGACGCUGGAGAAGGUGUGCGCCGGCAUGGGAUCGGCCAUCUCGAACGUGCACAAGGACAUCUACAAGGCGGUACGCUACUGCUUGACCGAUCGCGUGAUGGCGGUCCGGGUGGCCGCUUCCAACUGUUUGCUGGAGAUGACCAAACACGCUCCAUUUCUGUACACGUCCGAGCUGGAAAGUUUGGCAUCGUUGUGCUUCCGUGCGUUCGACAGCUGCAACUACGAGGUCCGGUGUGCGGUGGCCAAACUGCUCGGUACGCUCAUCGCUUGCACGCAGAAUGGCAGUUUGCGCAACUUUAGCAGCAUGACAGCGUCAUCGUCGAGCACGAAGUCGCUUCGUCCGGUGUCGCUGGACGAAGCGCUCGGUGUGCUAAUGUCCGGCUUUUUGCGCGGCGGUGUAUCAUUCUUGAAGGGCACCGGGGAAAUUAUUAAGGGCAGUUCGGGCGUUAACCGAGAAGUGCGGGUCGGUGUCACCCAUGCGUACGUCGUGUUUGUGCAAACGAUGGGAGGACUUUGGCUAGAGCGCAAUAUGCAAUCGUUUCUAGUGCACGUGCUGGAUCUGGUGGCAAAUCCUAAGGCGGCCUCCUCACACGUCGAUGCGGUGUACUCAAGGAAGUGCAUCAACUUCAUACUGCGCUCCGUCAUUGGCAAGAUGUUGGGUGAAAAGGCACAAUCGUCCGCCUGCAAGGAACUGAUACAUCUGAUCGCGAAGCAAAUGAAUUCGAUUGAUUUUAAUCCGGAAAAUGCAAAAGACUCCAACCAAGAGACCCUGUUCAGUCAGCAUCUGCUCGUCUGCGCGCUGCAGGAACUUGGCAGUUUGGUGCUGCUGCUUGGCACUACCGCACAGAACUUGCUCGCCGACCAGUCGCUUAACUUUAUCGAUGCAAUCUGUGCCGUGUUGAUCCAUCCCUGCAUGGCAGCACGGCUCGCUGCGGCUUGGUGUUUGCGUUGCUUAUGCGUUGCCGUGCCGAGCCAAAUUACGCCGCUCAUUGAUCGGUUUAUUGAUGCAAUCGAGAAGAUGCGCACAUCGCCGGAUGCUAUCUCGGGGUACAGUGGUGCGCUGGCGGCAGUACUCGGUGGUGUACGAUAUUCACCCCUGGGCAUACCGCAUACGCGCGGCAAAAUAAUAUUCAACACCGCCGAAGAAUUGCUUCGAACGGCUAGUCAAAACAGUCGCUUGUCACUGAACCGAACGCAGGCCGGAUGGUUACUGAUUGGAGCCAUCAUGACACUGGGUGUGCCGGUAGUGAAGGGUUUGCUGCCGCGUAUGUUACUGCUUUGGCGUAACGCUUUUCCGCGCUCGACGAAGGAACUGGAAUCGGAAAAGGCAAGGGGUGAUGCGUUUACCUGGCAGGUCACAUUGGAGGGUCGUGCUGGUGCGCUGUCGGUGAUGCACAGUUUCUUGCUGCACUGUCCGGAACUCGUUACGGACGAUAUCACGCGCCGGCUGCUGACACCGAUCGAAAGUGCUUUAGCGAUGUUGAUCAACAUAACGUCCGUGCUGAAAAAUUAUGGCCAACACUUGAAGGCACCGACAGCGAUGGUACGAUUGCGACUGUACGAAACGUUAUCCCUGUUGCCGGCAAACGCACUGGAAUCUUCAUACACGCAUCUGCUUCGUAUGCUUGUGUCGGAAUUUACACUCACGGAAAAUCCGGCCAAUACUACGACCUCCUUCCUGAGGCAGAUGUGCCAUGGUGAUGAUUCAAUUAUACUAGGCACCUGGUUACAGGAUACCGAUCAUCGCACGAUCGAAGAUCAGAUGGAACCGAACCGUAAGGCUGACGGUGAUUAUCUGCAACCGAACAGUGCAGCCGGUUCCGGUGCACUAGAGCAUGAUGCUUGCUGUCUGUUCCGGGGGAUCGCGGCCGGCGAACAGUGUCCCGGUCCUUUACCGCUCGGUGUCGCCGUGAUCGAUAUGUCCGUGAUACUGUUCGGAUUGAUCUUCCCGAAGGUAGCGAACAAACACCGGUUACAGAUGUUGGAACACUUUGGCGAGUGUAUAAAGCAUGCGAAAAGUUCCCGCCAGGAAGCGGUACAGAUGAACAUUUUUACCGCCCUGCUCAGUGGGCUGAAGGGAUUGACGGAAACGAAGUCAGCGAUCGGGCAGGAUGAUGUGCGCAAGAGUGCUACGAAUUUGAUCAUUAGCGCACUGACGAGCGCCAAUCCGAUACUGCGCUGUGCGGCCGGUGAAGCACUUGGGCGUAUCGCACAGGUGGUGGGUGAUUCGCGUGUAACGGCCGAGUUGGCGCAAACUAGCUUCGAUCGAUUAAAAUCUGCCCGCGACGUUGUGACGCGUACGGGACAUUCGCUGGCGCUGGGCUGUUUACAUCGGUACGUCGGUGGCAUGGGUUCGUCCCAGCAUCUGAACACGAGCGUUUCCAUCUUGUUGGCUCUUGCGCAAGAUGGUAGCUCACCCGUCGUACAGGUGUGGUCACUAUACGCACUAUCGCUGAUAGCCGAUUCGGGCGGUCCAAUGUUCCGCGGGUACGUCGAACCGACACUUUCACUCGCACUGAAGCUUCUGCUCACCGUUCCACAGUCCCAUGUCGAUGUGCACCAGUGCAUUGGACGUGUGCUAAGCGCGCUGAUUACGACGAUUGGUCCGGAAUUGCAGGGCGACUCCAAUUCGGUUGCCACUGCACGAUCAUCCUUCCUGUGUGCUGCGGCCAUUAUGCAAGCGCAUUCGGAUCCGUUGGUGCAGGCAGAAGCGACGGGAUGUUUACAGCAGCUGCAUCUGUUCGCUCCACGCAACGUCAAUUUAUCGUCCCUAGUUCCUAACCUGUGUCAGAACCUUAGCAGCAACUAUCUGAUGCUACGAAAAGCGGCUGUAUCGUGUCUGCGGCAGCUAACAACGCGCGAAGCGAAAGAAGUUUGCGAACACGCCGCAAAUCUGGUGAGCGACGAGGAUCGAUACGCGUUGUCCGAUUACGGUUUGCCCGGUGUACUGUUCGGUAUGCUUGACACGGAGAGCGAUAGUCAGAUGGUGCGGAACAUACACGAUACCAUCACCUCGAUGCUGCAGAUACUGGCCGCGGAGAAUCUGUCCCAGUGGUUAAGCAUGUGCAAGAAUGUGCUUACGGUCGCGUCUGAUUCAUCCGUCGGGGCGGAAGGUGCGGUGGCUGGAGCGACUGGUGGGGCUGCUAGCGGUGGUGGCGGUGUUGGGGGUGCUGGUGCUGGAAGUGGUGGAGCCACUGGGGGAAAGGAUGGUGGUGGCGACGAUGGUGAAGGAGACGAUGCCGAUGAUGAUGAUGACGAUGAUAACAUGGAGUUCCAUGCGGAGGAUCACCAGGCAACGCACCCCGCUGUACAACCCCGUUGGCCAACGCGUGUAUUUGCCGCGGAAUGUGUCCGGAAGGUUAUUGCCACGUGUGAAAAUGCUAGCUCGAAUCAUUUCGACUUACUGGCUGCGAAAGAGAUGCAGAUGACAAAAUCUCGUGGCGAUUUCUUGGUGUUGCAUCUUUCCGAUUUGAUUCGAAUGGCGUUCAUGGCUGCAACGAGCGAUUCCGACCAGCUGCGGCUGGAGGGUUUGAAAACUUUGCAGGAAAUAAUUGACAAGUUUGCGCACGUGCCGGAACCCGAGUUUCCGGGCCAUUUGCUGCUAGAGCAGUUCCAGGCACAGGUUGGAGCAGCGCUAAGGCCCGCAUUUUCCCAAGACACACCGUCGCACGUAACGGCAGCGGCUUGUGAAGUGUGUAGCGCAUGGAUCGGGUCGGGGGUAGCGCGUGAUUUGAACGAUUUGCGCCGUGUCCAUCAGUUGCUGGUGUCGAACUUGAGCAAGCUGAACAGCCGCACUAAUAGUACACAGCUGUACAACGAAAGUAUGGCCACGCUGGAGAAGCUAAGCAUCCUGAAGGCAUGGGGCCAAGUGUACAUCAUGGCGAUGGUUGGGCAUGGGUCGGCUCCGGCUAGCCAGAUGCUGAAAACUCUCAGCACCGUCGCUGGAAAUCAUUCCCAUCUGGCAGUUCCGUCUGCGGCACAGCCGAAGGAAUUCAGCAGAUUAGCAUUCGAUGAUGAGUUUGGUGAUUUUGAGAGCCGUGGCGAAAGCUUACUGUCACUGGUCCAACCGGAACUGGACAAUCUUUCCAUGCACUGGUUGGCGGCGCUGAAAGAUUAUGCUCUGCUGUCCUUGCCAGCAGAGUAUGCGAGUCAGUUACCGCACGAUGGUGGAGCAUUCUAUACGAACGACACGAUGAACUUGUCGAAACCACACUACCUUAUCUCGUGGCCACCAAUUCUCUACGCGGCGGCACUGUGGUUAAAAGCGGAAGGAUUCGAAAAAGAUGACCCGGAACAACUGUCGCGCGAACAGGAGGAAGAUAAGGCAAAUGCGAACGAUGCACCAAACGCAAUGGUUCCCGGCACGAAAGGGCAAACGGCAAUGGCGAUGCCAACAGGCGCCGCAAUGAUAUCGCACGGUAGUUUAAGUGCGGAUCGUUUCCAUCUCAUCUUUGGCAUCUGCAUGGAAGCGCUCUGCAGUACACGAACGAACGAAAAGCUGGACAGUGUAAUCGCCUGUCUGCAGUCCCUGUACACCGUGUUCGAUUCGGCGUGGUCGCGCGAAAUGUUGAUGCACAACAAAACGCUCCCGGUGGAGCUGUGCAAUGUGCUGCACCGGUUGAUACUGACCCGGGACAGCGUGGAGGUGCAAUAUCUGUGCAUUUCGAUACUGAAACAAACGAUAAUGGCCGCCAACGAGUGUUUGGAGCGGGAAAAGGAAGAGGAACGGCACAACAAGCUAAACACUUCCGGCGAUGGGACGGACACAAGAACGGGUGAAAAUGGUAACGACGAGACGGCACCACCGGCAACAACACCGGACGUGGAUUACCUCGGGGAGGGUGGCGAAGAAGGUGAAAUACUUCCAGGAAAGUCGCUUGUUUAUGCCGUGCUGGAAGUGGUGCUUUGUCUCCUUGCUCGACAGAUACCGGGCAUGAACCCGUCGCAGAGUACCCGGGUGGCGAACGAACAGUUACAACGCCAGCUGGCCCAGGCACAAAAUGGGCUCAUAAAGCUGGGCGACGACAAUUGUUUGCUGGUCGCGAGCGCAAUCCAAAGCUUGAAUGAUUUGCCUGCUCUCUGUUCGCCGCUCGGUGCCCUUUCCAUCCUGCCGACGAUUCUGUAUCUGACAACGGGCGUUAUUAAAGAGGUAGCAACAAAGUCCGUGCACGAUGAGUCGAUGAUUGCAAGCACGAAUGUCGUUGUGCAGGCGGCCGUUCAGCUGCUAAAACUGCUCGCCACCCAUCGGUACGGUAGGCAGGAUGCGCCGUCCGGGGAGGAAUGGCGCAAGCUGCUACAGAGUGCACUCGGACGCAUAAUCGAUCUCACCAAGACGGGAUGCGAGGAAACGAAGAUGGACGAAGUGACGGUAAUGUUGGCGAUCGCCGUUUUUCUGCUGCACUCGCCGGUCAGUGUGGUUUCGGUGCCGAAUUUGCAGUAUCCGUGCAUAAAUCAUUUUCGGCAGUGCUUCCAAAGUGCAUCGUUGCCGGUGCGAUUAAAGUGUGUGCAGACGAUGCGUUCCAUAUUUGCGAACGGUGAGCUGAAAGUGUCCACACCGUACAUACAUGCAUUGGCACCGCGGCUGAUUGAACAUCUGUACUCGGAGCAGGCGCGCAAUCCAACCAACGAGCAGGAACUGGCGCUGGUGUUGGAAGGUAUUACGACGGUUGAAGCACUGAUCGCACUAGCGGAGCCACAGAAUCGAGAGUUGAUGCAAGGCAUCCAAAUGCUAACCUUGCUCGUACCGAUCCUUAUCAACUAUCUGGAUGAUCCGGAACAGCAGCAGCAACAGCAACGAACUACCCAAUCGAAGUACGUGGUAGCACUGAACGAUCACGCCAUACAGUGGCUAAUGAAGAUUGGCCUAAAGUAUCCACAAGAGUUCAAAACGUUCAUGGCCCAGGCACCGGAGCUAAGGCGCAAGCUGGAAGCGGCAAUCAAGCGCAACCAGAUGAAUGCUACGCUGCAGAAGAGUAAAAGUGAGGCGGCAAAUGCUGCCGCACGGAACAGUGCCGCCCAGCAGCAGAAACCGACCAUACAGCUGAAAACGGAUUUCAGCAACUUUAGCUUUGCAUAGGAACGUACGUUUCUUCUAGGUAGUGGGGAAACUACAGUAGACUUCGGCUUUCGGCUGCUGUAACGUGGCCACGCGACAUCAAUUAAACGAUCAAACGAGUGUGUUGAGCGAAGGGGGUAUGGUGUGUCUUUUUUCCCUAACCUUGCUAAUCCUAUCGCUAUAUCCUAUAGUACAUUACGUAUAUCAUAUUAUUUAUGCAAUUAUAAACGAAUGUCCCUGUUGUGGCCGUAAAUGCUGAUUAGAUGUACCAACACACACUGUUGCUGCAGAGCAACAUUCAUCGUAGCAACCUAACGUCCCUUUACACCCCCUCCCCUAAAUAGACGAACGAACAAUUUUGUUAAUAAAUUCUGAAUUAUAGGCAAUAAAGUAUUAAUCUGGUAUGUAGAAACGUU